GGUUAAGUAUGUGUGGUUAUAGAGUUUCCCCAUGCACAUUCUUCCACAUUAUAAACACCCCUUGCAAAACGUCCAACUUCUCCUCACUCCCAUCUUCUUCCUUCCUUAAAUCCCAAGAUAAACAUCUCUCACACAGAAGAAAAACAAGAGAGAAGGUGAUAUCCUGUAAAGUUGUAAUCUCCAAGUUUUGAAGAUUAUCUCUCAAGGAAAUCCAUAUUGGAAGAGAACCUUUAAGUUUGAAACAGAGAAGGGGAAAUCCGGUCACAUUAGCAAUGGCUAAAAGUCAAUUAGAAGUGCUGAGUGCACUUGAUUUGGCCAAAACACAAUUGUACCAUUUCACAGCAAUUGUGAUUGCUGGAAUGGGUUUCUUCACAGAUGCAUAUGAUCUUUUCUGCAUCUCUCUCGUCACCAAAUUGCUCGGUCGGAUUUACUACACAGUUGGUGACAAGCCUGGUUCUUUACCACCAAAUGUUGCUGCAGCUGUUAAUGGUGUGGCUCUUGUUGGUACUCUAGUAGGUCAGCUAUUUUUCGGUUGGCUUGGUGACAAGAUGGGUCGUAAAAGAGUUUACGGUAUGACUCUAAUGAUCAUGGUCAUCUUCUCAAUCUGUUCUGGUUUGUCAUUUGGUCACGACCCGAAAUUUGUCAUUGCCACUCUUUGUUUCUGUCGAUUCUGGCUUGGUUUUGGAAUUGGUGGUGACUACCCACUUUCGGCAACAAUUAUGUCUGAGUAUGCUAACAAGAAAACCCGUGGAGCUUUCAUUGCUGCUGUUUUCGCUAUGCAAGGUUUCGGAAUUCUAGCAGGUGGAAUGGUGGCAAUUAUAAUAUCUUCUUCUUUUAAAGCCAGGUUCAGUUCACCAGAUUUUGUAACAGUUGGAGCUGCUUCAACGGUGCCACAAGCUGAUUAUGUGUGGAGAAUUAUAUUGAUGUUUGGUGCAAUUCCUGCUGCCAUGACAUAUUAUUGGCGUAUGAAAAUGCCUGAAACUGCACGUUACACCGCCCUUGUAGCCAAGAAUGCAAAACAAGCUGCUGCUGAUAUGUCUAGAGUUUUACAAGUUGAAAUCCAUGAAGAGCAGGAGAAGGUUGAGAAAAUAACAAUGGAGGAAAAGAAUUCAUUUGGAUUGUUUUCUAAAAAGUUCCUUCACCGACACGGGCUUCAUUUACUUGGAACUACUAGUACUUGGUUUUUACUUGACAUAGCCUUUUACAGUCAGAAUUUGUUUCAGAAGGACAUCUUCAGUGCAGUGGGAUGGAUUCCACCAGCAGCAACUAUGAAUGCAAUUGAAGAAGUUUACAGAAUUGCUCGAGCUCAGACAUUAAUCGCUCUUUGCAGUACCGUUCCUGGUUAUUGGUUCACUGUUGCAUUCAUCGACCGAGUUGGAAGAUUCAAAAUUCAGCUGAUGGGUUUCUUGUUCAUGACAAUCUUCAUGUUUGGAUUAGCUUUCCCUUACCAUCACUGGACAUUGAAGGAGAACAGAAUUGGGUUCAUCAUCAUGUACGCACUAACAUUUUUCUUCGCAAACUUUGGACCAAACAGCACAACUUUCGUCGUGCCAGCUGAGAUCUUUCCGGCUAGAUUGCGUUCCACAUGUCACGGUAUAUCUGCAGCUGCAGGGAAAGCUGGUGCUAUAGUGGGUGCAUUCGGGUUCUUGUAUGCCGCACAAAGCCAAGACAAAACCAAGACUGACCACGGGUACCCUCCUGGUAUUGGUGUUAAGAAUUCAUUGAUCAUGCUUGGUUGUAUCAAUCUUGCUGGUGCAUUGAUGACAUUUUUAGUGCCAGAAUCUAACGGAAAAUCGUUGGAAGAAAUGUCAGGCGAAAAUGAAGAAGAUGAUGCAGUGCCAUCCUCAGACAGCAGGACAGUUCCUGUGUAGUGAUGUUUAUCUUAUCUUGAGAGAGUUUUCACUUUUCAGUUUGUAUGGAGUGUGUUUUUAGUAAGUAGUGUCACUCAGUAUAUGUUGCAUAAAUAUGUUUCCUUUUUUUGAAGCAGAUUUGAAAUAACAUUUCACCCUUCAAUUCAGCUUUUCCUGGCUA